AUGAAUAGGUUAAUUUGUGAUAAGCUCCGAUAUGAUAGAAGACAGUCGGCUAUAGAGCAUGAAACUUACAUGCAAUACCUAACUGAUGAGCAAAUAGUUGUCUACCAAAAAGUCAUAGAGGCUGUUCAGAAUAGCAACGGCGGAGUAUUCUUUCUAUAUGGUUACAGGGGGACUGGAAAAACCUUUGUUUGGAAGACAUUAGCGUCUGCAUUGAGAUCAAGGUCACAAGUUGUGCUUACUGUUGCUUCAAGUGGGAUUGCAUCUCUACUAUUACCUGGUGGUCGAACAACACAUUCACAUUUUGCAAUCCCACUAAACUUAGAUGAAUUCUCAACUUGCAACAUAAGUCAGGGUAGCGCAUUGGCUGAGCUAUUAAUUAAAACAAUGCUAAUCAUUUGGGAUGAGGCCCCAUGGUGA